AUGUAUCUUAUUUUCCUAGCCCUGACGUAUUUAGCCCUUAUAGGUAGCUCUGGGGCUGCAAUAGAUGCCGACAAGGCAGCAGAACUCUCUCGAGAGAUCCGCGAGCACUUUCGGCAAACAGGAGCCAACUGGGUCUCCCCACGAAUGUUUCUCCAGAUGAACCUGACGCGCAAUAUCAAGCCCAUCAUGUUCGUCUACACUUCCAGAUCCUGUGCCGACUGCCGGGACUUCAUGGCUAGCUGGAACCAGAUAGACCGAGUAACGCUGUCCUCUCUCACCGCCCAGUUCGUAUCCGUACUGGCCCUGGACGACUACGCGAUAGAGCUGAGCCAAUAUAGUCCCCCUGACGUCGACUUUUUGCCACGAGUGGUGUUCGCGGAUUCGUACGGCAAGUUGCUGUCAGAUAAGGAUCGGAGUCAAGACGAACUGCCGUACUUCUAUGAUAAUGCUCGGCAGGUCGUGGAGGCGAUGCGGCGCCACCUGACUCGUCACUGGGAGGCCAUGGGCACGGAUGUGUUUGCUGGUGACCUGACUGAGGACCUGCUCUAG